ACAGAUUGACUGCUGUAACAUUGAAGGUACAGCUGCAACGAUGCCUGUAAUAAACUAACCAGUCGCAGAGAAGCAAACUCAGAGAAAAGGAAGAAGACGAAGCGGAACGAAACUGAGGCCAAUAACAAUGCAAAGCCCGCCACAAUCACCACCGCAACAAACUUUUGCAGCCAUCGCCCAAUCAAAACCCACUCUUUACGUUAUUCUCGCCACUUCCUUCUUCUCUGUUUUCGUCAUCCUUUCUCUUUCCUCCACCUCAUCCGCCCCAAGCCCUUCCCGACCCGACCCGUUUCUCUUCCCCUCCCGCUCCCCUCUCGCCACCAAGAUCCCGACUGACCCUACUCCUCCUUCCAUCGCUUAUCUCAUCUCCGGAUCGUCUGGAGACUCGGGUCGUAUUCUGCGUCUUCUCUUCGCCACCUACCAUCCCAAGAACCACUACCUUCUUCACCUCGACCGAUUCGCUCCGCAGACCGACCGCGACCGACUGGCCAUCACGGUCCAGUCCGUGCCUGUCUUUCGAGCCGCCCAGAAUGUUGACGUUAUCGGCAAGGCCGAUUUUGCCUACACGAAAGGCUCCUCUCCCAUUUCCUCCACACUUCACGGUGCCUCCAUUCUUUUGCGUUUAUCGGCUAAUUGGGAUUGGUUCAUCAAUCUCAGUGCUGGUGAUUACCCGCUUGUUACUCAAGAUGAUCUUCUUCACAUUUUAUCGUAUUUGCCCAAAGAUCUCAACUUUGUGAAUCAUACAAGUUACAUUGGCUGGAGAGAGUCGAAGAAAUUGAAACCUAUAAUUGUUGAUCCGGGGCUUUAUCUUUUGGACAAAUCUGCAAUGUUUUAUGGUACUCAAAAGCGAGAACUGCCCAAUGCUUUCAGAUUGUUCUUAGGUCCAUCUUUCUCUAUCUUAAGUCGUAAUUUUAUUGAGUUCUGCGUCCUGGGUGCAGACAACUUCCCUAGGACUCUACUGAUGUAUUUGUCAAACACCCCUUCUUCUCUAUCCAACUACUUCCCCAUCAUCCUAUGUAAUUCACCGCAGUUUAACAGGACUGUCAUAAACCACAACUUACUAUAUGUAACCUUCAAUGACUCCUCAAAAGAGAAGCAUCGCCAACUUAAUUCUAAGGAAUUUGAUAUUAUGGUUGAGAGUGGAGCUGCCUUUGCCACAGAAUUUCCAUUUGAUGAUUCAGUUCUUGAUCGAAUUGACCGCGAAAUAUUGGAACGCAGUCCUGGUAAAGUUGUACCUGGUGGAUGGUGCUUAGGUGAGCCUGGGAAUGGUACUUGUUCAGUCUGGGGUGAUGCUGAUAUUCUGAGACCUGGGCCAGGAGCAACAAGACUUGAAAAGCGCAUAGUUGAAUUGCUUUCAAACAAUUGGUUCCGGUCUCACCAGUGUAUAGACGAAUGAUAUGCCGCUCAUUGAGAGAAGAGAAAAUGGAUGGAGAUUUUCCUUUUACCAUUUUCAGUUUGGAUGGAAGAAAUUAAUUUUAGCCGCCUGCCCAUUAUUUUUUGUAGCCACGUUUAGAUGUUUAGAUCAUUCAAUCUGAAAUUAUUGUAAAGUCAAAUGCAGAUAUUUAUGCUAGGAUUGGAGCUGAGCUGACCCUGACCAGUGUUCUACUGCAGAACAAUUUCUUUUGAUACCUCUACUAGUAGAAAAUCAAAGUGUAUGAUUGUUGUAUUACUCUCACAAAGUCAAGUGAAUUGGGGUUUGGGAAUUCAAAGUUUCUGAUUACUUAUUUGGUAAAUAUGAUAAUCUCUCCCACCAUUGGUUUAUCAGAACA